AUGGUUUUAACCAGGAAGAUGGCAAAAGAGGCUCGCGCAGCUGCUCAACCACCUGCGACUUUCCAUGCCUUUUCCCUUCUUCCAAUUGAAUUGAGGACCAUGAUUUGGAACGCUGCUGAGGAUUCACGGCCCGGUCGCCUCAUCGAAGUCCACAACAUACCAAACCAUUAUACAAUCACUAGUCGCCCGACUUCUUUUGAAUGGCAUGCGAUAUUCUGCGGUUGCGAAAAGAGAUGCUUUGAGCCUCCCCUGGCGCGAGUAAACCACGAAUCGAGAAAUAUUGCCUUGCAAAGGAGAUCGAAGUGUUUUGGACAGUGGGUGGACUGGGACAAAGAUAUGAUAUUCAUCGGCAGUAGAGUUGGACAUUUGCACAAUACUGGGUUUCUCCACGCAUUGGAAGUACAGAAUUGUCGCGAGAAAUUGAAAUAUCUUGCCGUCGACUUUGAUUGCUGGGAGAACUCAUCUAUCUUUCCCUGCACACGAAAGGUGGAAUGUACCCCGGCUGCGAUGAUUUCACGAUUACCGGGACUCCAAAAAGUGGUGCUUGCUCAAGCUUCGGGUGCUUGGCGGGAUGGCAAUGAAUUCGAGGCACAUGAUCCUGGCCAUUACCACAAUAUCUGGAGAAGCUUUGACGGAGUCGAGGCUUUUAUGAAAGAAGAUUUCGAUGAUCUUGUGAGAUCUGAGAAGGAGAAACACACAGAGUGGAUAUUAAAAAAUUACUACAAAGGCAUUGAUGUCCGGAAAGCUUUGCCUGAGAAGGUUGACAAAUGGAGAUGUUGUGACGAGAUUCAUGAGGAGAUUGGCGAGAAUCCGGGAUCAUACAGACCUGAGUAUGUUGAUGAGUAUAACUACCACUAUGGUGGAAGUUGUGGAACUGCAUUAAUACAAUUUGAGAAGAUUAAAAAUGCCUACUGGUGGGGCACUGGCGAUGACCAACACGAUUACCACUUUUUAAGGGAUUGGAUUCAAAAGGACUUUGAUAAAUUGAAGUCGAUUUCCGGGAAGAAAUUUCACGGAGAUCCUGAUUAUAAUACGUGGAAGCAACCUGAGAUCGAUUAUGCAUUAAUACGAAGAACGGCCCCUUCUUGUUUCACUGAGGAUUGGGAAGGUCUUGAGCGAGAAUGGAUGUAUUAUGGAGAGGCAGCCUGGGCGAGGGACCACCCUAAAAGCUACAAAGCUCGAGAUAAAUCUAAAGACUAUCCAGCAGGUCAACAUGUGCAAAAGUAUACAAAGCUUUAUCCGGCGUCCCAAAGGUGGCGUCUCGAUGGUUAG